GGUAUCAUUUGGGUGCACAUACGUGCUCCUACGCGUUAGGUGCGGAUGUAGUUCCCUGGUUGGCGCAAGUUUACAAUUCUCACUCGACUGGUCCAUGGUGUCGGCGGUGUUCCGGCGUGUUGUGUGGUCUUUCUGUUUCUCCGAUCUUGUCGCGUGCAGGUGCAACUACUGGUGGGAGUACAACACUUGACUGUAAAAGGCAUUCACAACGGAACUCGGAGAAGGAGUUGUUAUACUAAUGGCACUGUGCAGAAAGUUGGAGAGGCUCCUUUCCGAUUUGACCAGCUGCGGUUGGAGAGAAUGAACUUCAUCGUUGUUUACCUUGGAGGCAACGAUAUAGACAGCGGCCGGGAACCCCACGAUGUUGUCAACCACCUCUUGGAAUUUGCUCACUUCCUCCAAGGCAGCUUUGAGAAUGUUUUCCUAUGCCAGUUAAUGCCCCGACUUGACGAUGCCUUGUGCCAGAAGCACAAACGCUUCAACAGGCGCCUGAAAAAAGCGGCGGACAGGACCAUACACAUUGUCGGGACCGAGUUCAAAUUCUUGAAGCACGGUCUAGCCGACAAGCGCCUCCUUGCUGCUGACGGCUACCACGUCGACCGCGAGCACGGCAUCAACGCCCUGGCGUUUUGCAUACAGCGGGCCCUGCACACAGCGAUAGGUACCCCAUUGACACCUGCGCCACCGCACCUGACGCCCAGGAUCCUCAGGUGUACACGUUGUGCAACUUGCGGCAAAACCGGGGCAAGGAAGCUUACUUGUGGCCAUGGAGAGGGAAUUUGCGGCGCCUUCCGAGCACACUAAGAGAAAGAAUGCAACGAGAAGAAGUAAAAAAACGGCCCUUUUCAGGGCCACCAAAUAUCUGCCACAAUGGCUCGCGUUCUGCGAGUAUAGAAAGACCCAGGAUGACGUUAGCAAUAAAACAUAACUCAAGCCCGAUCAGUCACUGAAACUACAAACAGAGAGUGGGCA